AUGGAGAAUACAGCUGGUACGCCAAGUAAGAUGUCGGGUCGUCCUCGGGUGGAUAUAGAGCCGUACAAAGCCGAGAUCAUCGGCCUGUUCGAAAAGAAAAUGAAGAGUGACGACAUUUGCAAGCACCUGAAGAGGCAGCAUGAUAUUCAGAUCUCGGCGCGUACUCUGACCAAACGCCUACAGCUAUGGGGCGUUAAGAAAAAGACGGAAAACAAUUCCUCCAACAAUGAAGCGCUGCACGCCCGCAUCAAAAACCUUUUCUUCGACGUGGGUUUGUCCGACCAAGAGAUCGUUACCGUUCUACACGACGAGGGCUACGAGGUCUCCCACCGUACGCUCCGCAGACUCCGUCACAAGCUCGGAAUCCGCCUCCGCCUUGACUCACCUACACAACAACAAGCACAGGUCCAGGAGAUCCUUGAUGCUCUGACCGAGGAAAUGGACAAGGGGACCAUUGAGGGGUAUGGAAAGGAACUACUGCACAACCACUUCCGAAGCAAGGGGCACGUCUUUGCCCGAGAUCGUCUCUAUAGUGUCUACCGCAUGCUGCGCCCGGAUACAGUGGAACGCCGCACGAGCGAUGUGCCCAGGCGUCCUCCCCCGCCAAAGAUUCUAGCCGGGCCUAAUCUGACCUGGCACGUGAAUGGGUACUCAAAGCUAGCCAAUUUCGGGUUCCGCAUUCACGCCGAGCUUGAUGCUUAUUCUCGAUAUGUUCUCUGGAUUCAUGUUGGCGUGGAUGCGCACACAGCCGUGGGCGUUCUCAAAAAUCACCUUGAGACCGUUGCUUCUAAAAACCGCCAACCACGCACUCUUCGUUCCGACCUUGAGUCGGAGGUUCCUCUCCUAGCCGAUGCUCACUUUGCACUCCGCCGCGUCACUGAGCCGGAUGUCCAGCGUGAGCAGUGCUGUGCACCUGGACGAGCCGCAGAUACCCACCGGAUUGAAUCCUGGUGGGCCCAGCUUGCUAAAUCAGUAGUAACACUAUACCAUAACUAUUUCCGCGGACUUCACAACGAAGGCCUUUUCUCAUCAACCGUAAUCCCCGAACAAGUCGCCCUCUUCGCAAUCUACAUGCCCACUCUCCGCUCACACAUCAAAUCCUACGUCCAAACCUGGAACAUGCACAACAUCCGCAAACAAGCAGACCACCCAGAGCGCACCCCCGGAAAACCCUAUAUGAACUACCACCACCCGCCCAAGGGCGUAGAGAACUUCGGCCUCGCAACUGACGUCCCAACGCUGCAGGCCAUGCAACAAAAUCACGCCGACUACGACACAGAGCAAUAUCUACCGCCAGACACCCUGCAUUGGUGUGAGGCGCAACUCCAGCAGCUGGGCUUCGAUCCUCGUAAACCGCCUGCUCGGCUGCCUGGCGACCUCCAGCCGUUCCGCUCGGUUUACUUGGCCCUGCGCGAGCGUGCAUGGCACCAUGAGCGGUCCGGGGCUGAACCAAAGUUGUCUGUUUGUGUAGUUCCUGGUCAGGGCCUACGGGGAUAUUUCCCUUCUGGGCCUACCCGGUAG